CAACCCGCCACUUUGAUCCUCUUCACUUUACCUAUAUGAUAUAAUCCAGAUAAGCAGUAUGCACUGGGAGAAAUCACUGCCAUCAGCACUGGGCAGGUCCAGACCGUACCAAGGGGUUCGAGUCAGAGACCCAGUCAAAGAGCUGCUGAGGAGGAAGAGAAGUCUGGAGCCGCACAGCACCAAGACAGCGCCCCCUACUGCGGAUGUGGUCACUCACAGCAACCAGUCAUCAUACAUGCAAGGCAUGUUUGGCCUUGAUGUUUCUGGCGGCUCCCCAGCAGAGCCGCCGCCUGCAGUCAGCGAUGGAGGGCUGCAGCAGUGUGUGGGAUGGAGAGCUGCACCACCUGGCCUGCAGCCUGCUGUAACCUGGGCUUCACCUGACUACAACCAGCAGGAGUCUUCAGCUCAGACUCUAGUCUACCCACCAACCCCAACCCUCACUGCUGAUGUGUACAUGCAGACUCUGUGUCCCAGCUACACCAUGUUGACCUACACACACACACCAUUGCUCACUAACUUUGGGCCCAUACCUGUGGCCCCAGCACAAGGUUCCCUCCCUCAGAUGGAGCUCCCAGACUCAGCGUUGACCUACCUCCCCUGGGGCCAGCCCAUCACCACCAUAUCUACCAUGACCAACCCGGGGGUCCAGUUUUCCCCCGGCUCUGCAGCCCUGCCCGGGUCACCUCUGGUCCACAUGCCCUUGUCCAUGUCUUUGACCACCAUGAUCCCUCAGCUGGAGGCUCAGGGUGUAGAUCCUCUUCAUCCACAGAUACUGGACCUCCCGCAGUGCUCCGAACACCAACUGGACCCUGAGCCACAAGGCCAGUCUGUGGAUGAAGGUCCAGAGGUAGAGCCGGAGUCACCGAACCUUCUGGAGAAACUUCUGGAGGAUCAAAAAGGUGAUGGGGAAGAGGAGGACAAAGACUCGUACAGCAGCUCGCUCUUCCUUCCAAAUGUCUGAUGAUAUGAGCGUUCUGCGUCCCAUAGAGACCAGCAUCGUUGCCAGGAGCCACCACUGAAGGAUAAUUGGGUUUUAUUACAACUUAAUUUUGCUAUUGUGGCCAUAAUUUAUAUUGAUUAUGAUGGCACUGUACUCACAAUGCUGGAUAAAUAACCUGGGCAAAGUGGGCAAUUCCCCCUGAAUCCAAUGCAACUCAAGAUUGUCUGUAAGACAUUUGAAAUUACAAAUGAGUUUAGUAAUAUGCACCACUCAAUAAAAGGGAUACAUUUCUGCUGUAAAUCAUAUCAAACUGAUGGAGCUUCUGGAUGUUUUUCAAGACCUUUUUGUAAAUGACCGUGUAAGAUAUUAAUGUUUUUCUUAACCUGUAUUUGAUUAAUGUUAGCAGCUUUUUGCAGCAGAAUCUGACAUUGAUAAAUAGGAGAAACACGCUGUUUUCCCGGUCAAUAGGAGUUAUGUCGCCGUUUUCUGAAAAGCAGUUACUCUUUAGUUCUGUCGAUCUACUCAAAGCCUUGAGCUGUUUGUCUUAGUGAUCACAUCUGUCAUUAAUGCUUUCAGUUAAGAGCCUGGAGAUGUAUUUCCUAGCUGAUUUGUAUCAAACCAGAAGAAGAGCUGGGCUUAUGCUUGUUGGACCAAGUUGACGGAGGAAGAAAGAUUAAGUUACUGUACUCACCGUCAGCAUUUAUCUGUACCAUCUGAGAUAUUGUAAAGCACAACAACAUAGAGUUUAUUAAUGGAAGGAGAAGAUGAGUUGUUUGAAAACAGUCCAUGGAUUUGGGAGUGCUACAAGAAUGUGUUAAAAAGAAUAUUACAAAGGCACAAAGGGAAACAUUCUGUAAUAAAGAAUAACAAAUGUCAGCCUUUACUAGGGUGUCAACAAAGGCCAGUGAACACAUGGAAAGUCUUAAUGUUAAAUGAUAAAUAAGAUAUUUGCCAUGUAUUACAAACUGAGUGAAAUGCAAUACUUUUCCAUAAGAAAUAAACAGCACAUGAUAUACAUGCACAUACAGAGAUAA